GGCAAACAAAUUUGCGGUGUUUGGUUCAUUUCAUAUCUUGAUGAUGCAAAUUUAUAUUAUAAAUCGUGAUAUUCAUUAAAAUUAUUCCAAUGGCGGAUUAAUAAGAACAAAGUUGAUCAUGCCUUUCUCCAAAACUGCAAUAUCUCUUCUGUGCGUGUUGUUAUUACUUUCAAUAUUUGUGACGAAUUUGCUUAACAGUAUUGCUACGAAUCACAGUUACUCAGAAAACCAGAGAGAAGGCGAAAAUUUCACCAAAUACUUGGCUGAUAAAUACGGACGCAUAACAGACGCAAAGGAAAAUUUAAUUUGGUUUAUGCAAAUAUCGGACAUCCAUUUAAGCAUAUUUAGGGAUCCAGGGAGAAUAUCACAGUUUCAGCAAUUUUGUGAUAGUACUGUGAAGAAAAUAAAACCAGCAAUUGUGCUGGCCACUGGGGACUUGACUGAUGCUAAAGCCAAAGACAACCUAGGCAGCUCCCAGGUUAAGACGGAAUGGAUUUAUUACCACAAUAUUAUUAAUGAUUCCAGAGUCACAGAAGAAACUGUUUGGUUAGACAUAAGAGGCAAUCAUGAUAAUUUUAACAUUAGAACAUUAAACUCACAAGAAAAUUUCUUCAGAAACUUUUCUGUUCAGGGAAAAACAUAUCCUAAAUCAUAUGUCCAUUUUGAAGAGAAGAAUGGUGUAAGGGUUGCAUUUAUUGGCAUAGAUGCAUGCCCGGAGCCUGGUUUGAGGAGACCAUUCAACUUUGUUGGUAUUCUUGACAGUCAAGAACAAAAACAAAUAAAAAUAUUACAAGCAGAGGCAAAUGCAAAAGCUGAUCAUAUUGUUUGGUUUGGGCACUACCCUACAUCAUGCAUCCUGUCACUUGACACAGGCACUGAGAAGCUGGAUCUGAGGACACUGAUUGGCGACAGCAAAGGCUCCCAAGUAUAUGUGUGUGGGCAUCUGCACACUAUGGCUGGCCGUGUUCCUAAAAUGUACACCAGGCAAAGAAAAGGAUACAUGGAAAUUGAAUUAGGAGAUUGGAAGGACAACAGAAUGUAUCGCCUUGCAGCCAUAGAUCACGGUAUAUUUUCAUUUGUAGAUCAGAAACAUAAUACAUGGCCUCUUGUGUUGGUCACAAACCCGAAACAUGCAAAAUAUACUUUGCCUGGAAGAGAACCCCUGCAACUGAUACCAGAUUCAACUCAUAUAAGGAUCCUUGCAUUUAGUGAUGUCAACAUUGACACUGUUGAAAUAUCCUUUGACAAAAUUAGCUGGAUGAAUUGUAAAAACUCAGAAGGACCUCUUUAUGUCUGUCAAUGGCUGCCACACUUGUUUUUACGAGAUAUUAAUUAUCUCUAUGUAACAGUCAGUGAUGAGUGGGGAAAACAGACAUUUGUUGAACAUCCAUUUACUAUGGAUGGUUCUACCUUGAAUUUCGACAUAAUGGCGAGAAUACUCCUCAUGCUUGAUGCACGAGUAGUGUUCCAGGCAAUAUUUGGAACUCUGCUUUUGAUGAACGUUUUACCCUUAGUCUAUUUACGAUGGCAAAAGCAACCACCGAGAUGUCGCAGAAGAUUGAUCCGCUAUGUGCUGAGAAGCCUAUGGCUGUUGAGUAAAAUUGACAAAAUAUACUAUCCCAUCGUUCUGUAUGCAGUCUACGUGCCACUCGGACCCUGGACGGUCGGCGAGCUAAUCGAUGGUCACGUGGGCGUGGUCUUCGCCUGGGGGAUAUUGAUAAAAGGAACAUUUUUGCCUGAGCCAUUCACUUAUAUGUAUGGAGGAGUACAACUACUGUUUAUACAAAUCCCUCUUAUAUUUGUGUUAUCGCACACAUUACAGAAUCGACUUUAUAGUUCAUAUUCUAGAGGCAUAAAAAGAUUGAUUCAGAAUCUACCAUUCAUUAUGCUACUCUCAGUUCAGUUGUUGUUGGCAUACUUCUUUUGGUUAGAAUAUGGAAGCCUGGCGUUUAUAUUUGGACCUCUCAGAACAUGGAGUGUUUUAUUAAGUAUUACAUUGUGGUACAAGAUCUUAACACUACCUCCCGCUUACUGCAGAAAACUUGUACACUUGAACGAGCGCACGCCAUCGUAAUAUUGUCUUCGCGUGAAGAUAUCGGACGAG